AUGCUCUUCCUCCUACCAACUGCCGAUGAGUCUCCAAUACAUGACUUGAAGAAGGGAAGGCGCUACAUGGCGCCAAUGUAUGUAGGAUGGUUGGCGCAGGCGAUGUGCGUCUCGCGCGCGUGGUACAGCACCGCUCUUCACACCUGUGAGCUGUGGGGAAUAUUGCUCGCGUCGGCGAGGCAGCUACCAGCAUGGUCGACAUUUCUAAGGCGUGCGCACGCUGCGCCCCUCAGGAUAUCUUAUUGGAAUACGUUGCACUGGCCCGACCUCGACGCACUCUUGGACAAGGCGUCCGCUGUCUACGCCGGGCCAUCCGGUCGCCCGCGCAAUUGGACUUUGUACCUGCAAGGGCGCCGCAUGCCGCACCUGGAGAUUCUGUCUCUAGAGGCCGCCUAUAACCUUUCCCCCGAUCGACCUUUACCCUCGUGCAUCUCCCCACUCUACGCCCCGCGCAUCCGACACAUCAGGCUAUAUACUCCGCUCGUUGUCAAGGCUGGCGACGUCGAAAGCGCCGCAUUGUCUAACUUCACUGUUGAGCAGAUGGUGGCCUUUUUGUCCGAGCUUCCCACUCUCCGCCAUGUCGAGCUGAGCCAACCGUGCUUCGUGGGCGGGGUCGAUUGGACGCAUAUGUUCACGCAGGCGGGCUCGCGCGCGUUGACUCUACCACGGGUCGGUCAUGGCCGCCAUUGGGAGCGCCUGAAGGUUUUGACGAUCCAUUGCCGGCGCGGAGAAAGUUAUCCGCUAACUUCUGACGCCGUCCCUGUCUCUACACCGCAAGUCAUCUCCGUAGACCUCGCAGGCCCCCUCCUUCUCGCUGCUCCUCGUGCCCGCGACCUACGCAUACAAAACAUCUACCUCCGCGAUCUACUCCGCAUGCUACACGGCAUGCCAGCUCUUAAAGAUCUUAACGUCGUGUCGUUGCGGGGUUGUACCAUCUGGGACUUCGCCGAAAGCAUGCCCUCAAACCCCGUGCCGCUAUCCGAACUCCUCAAACUUACCUUGACGGUCGGCGUUCAUCGUGGCUCCUUGGAGUUACUGGCUUCCAUUCAAGCUGAAAAGCUCGCGGAACUCUCCUUCACAUGCGAUGCAUCCGCCCCUCCAAACCAUCAGGCCUUGCUGUGCGUAGCAGAACUGCUCGACGACGCUUUGCCUGGCGACCUUGCGGCUCUACGUAGUGCCAUGGAAGACGCACGCACGGGUCUUCGGUCAGCGGGGUACGCCGGCAUAGUCACCGCUCUCAACACGGAGGUUGAAGCGGCGUAUCUGUGGGACGGAAGCUCGUAUUUGCUAGCGCCCAACGCACUCGAUGUCUAUAGAUCCGCCGCUGAAGUAGUGAGGGACAUGGCGUUGGCCGCGCAUGCGCAAGACCCCCAAUUACACGUCGGCCAUCAAGUUCACGACAUCGUUCUGUAUGCGCUUCGCGCAAUGGCCCUUGAUCUGAAGGCGGUGGCCUCCUCGCGACUCAAGAUCACCACGUGCUUCAGGUCGAUUCACUUCGACGUCGAAGUCAACAAAUUCGAAGACGAGACGGUGCGCAAAAUUCGCUGCGUCAUGGUCGGGCCGACUUUCACUUCUCCUAACGCCGCCUUACCGCCACAACUCCCUCCGUUGGACUCCGUCGCAUAUGGUACCUCACGAAUUCUUCACGGUCUGGCCGUGUUGCCUAUUCGCGAGAUUCUUGUGUACAACUAUGGUCGCGGACCUUUUGAAACCUUGAAGCACUCGGAUGUAGAUCUUGUGGAGCUCUCGCAUACGUUGGCGCAAUAUUCGUCUGUCAAGACUCUCGUCAUCGAGAUUUUCGGUUCUUCAGUACACGCUGGGCUGCUCCGCGCCAUCUCCAACCCCCAAGCGUUGCCAUCGCUCUCCCACCUGUCCGUAGUUCACCCGACGUCGGAUCGGAUAGCGUCUGACCAGCACCUCUAUUCAUACCACGACUGGUGGGAUGAACUUGAGGCCAUGUUGCGGCGCCGCUGGGGGGCUGGCCGCUCUCUUUCACUCUCGGUGACAGGUCCCUUCUGUCUAGAACGCCAUUGGAGCACGCGCUGUGCAUCUGUCGUCCACAGUUUAUUCGUAGACGUUCUUUGUGAGCAGCGUGUCGGCAUGGAUUGUACACAUAGAUAUCAAGAAUAA